AUGCGACCAAAGAAACUAUCCCCCAAGUUCGUCAGACCUUACCAAAUUCUAAGGAAGAUCGGACCAGUGGCGUACGAGCUAUCACUGCCUCCUCAAUUGUCCAACCUCCAUCCAGUAUUCCACGUUUCUCAACUCCAGAAGUAUAUAGCCGACCCCUCUCACAUACUGGAGUUGGAAGACGUUCGUCUUAGUCAAGACCGAACGCUGGAGAUGCAGCUGGUUCGCGUUGAAGACAACCGCACUAAGUACUACAAAAGGAAAGCUAUUAGAAUGGUGAAAGUGGUGUGGGACGAUAAGACGGGCGACUCUACAUGGGAAGUGGAGGAUGCCAUGAAGGAUUUGUACCUUCACCUGUUUCCGGAAGGAGACGCUCUGCUGGAAGAGGCGUUGGAAGAACAAUACUUGCAGGAAGAGAACUUAGUAGAAGUCGAGGUGAAGACUGAGCAAUAG